AUGUAUGAUUUUGCUGCGGAGCCUGGAAACAACGAGCUGACCGUCAGUGAAGGGGAGAUUAUCGUAAUUACCAACCUGAAUGUUGGUGGAGGCUGGUUAGAAGGAAAAAACAGCCAAGGCGAGAGAGGACUUGUUCCAACAGAUUACGUUGAGAUUAUAACCGAAGGUGCAAAAGAUGGAAUUAGCUGCGGUAACUCGUUAGCCGACCAAGCCUUUUUUGAUUCCCUUUCUUCAAAUACAGCUCAGACCAACUCUGCUGCAAAAAGCAGUAAUCAGGCAAACAAUGCCAGUGAUCCUUGGUCCAGCUGGAACGUUGGAAAGUCUGGGAAUUGGGAUAAUGGAAACGCAGUUGACAGCUGGGCAACGAAACCUGAAAGUGCAGCUGGCCAGAGAAACAGUGGUGCAAAUAACUGGGAGACAGCAGCAGCAUUUGGUCAUCCACAGGCAUAUCAAGGACCAGCAGCUGCUGAUGACGAUGAUUGGGAUGAUGACUGGGAUGACCCAAAAUCAACUUCACCGUCUUAUCUUGGUUACAAGGAGUCUGAGGCAUCAGAGGCUGGGGGGGUCCAGCGUGGAAAUUCUCGUGCCGCUGCUAUGAAGUUACCACUUAACAAAUUUCCUGGAUUUGCAAAACCUGGGAUGGAACAGUAUCUGUUGGCAAAGCAGCUAGCAAAACCCAAAGAGAAAAUACCCAUAAUUAUUGGUGAUUACGGCCCAAUGUGGGUUUAUCCUACCUCUACAUUUGACUGUGUGGUGGCAGAUCCCAAAAAAGGUUCUAAAAUGUAUGGUCUCAAGAGCUACAUUGAAUAUCAGCUGACCUGCACUAACACUAAUCGGUCUGUCAACCACAGAUACAAGCACUUUGACUGGUUGUAUGAGCGUCUCCUGGUUAAAUUUGGACUAGCCAUUCCAAUCCCAUCUCUUCCAGACAAGCAAGUAACAGGGCGCUUUGAAGAAGAAUUUAUCAAAAUGCGCAUGGAGAGACUGCAAGCUUGGAUGACGAGGAUGUGUCGCCAUCCUGUUGUCUCAGAAAGUGAAGUUUUCCAGCAGUUUCUCAAUUUCCGAGAUGAGAAGGAGUGGAAAACUGGAAAGCGGAAGGCAGAAAAAGAUGAAACUGUAGGAGUCAUGAUCUUUUCUACAAUGGAACCAGAAGCUCCUGACUUGGACAUGGUAGAAAUAGAACAGAAAUGCGAUGCAGUGGGUAGGUUCACCAAAGCAAUGGACGAUGGAGUUAAAGAGCUGCUGACAGUAGGACAAGAGCACUGGAAGAGGUGUACAGGGC